CACUUGUUGUACUCUGUGCUGACACAUUGGGAAUGGAAAACAGAAAGUGAACGACGCACUUGGAAUCAUUUAAAAUCAUUAUUGAUGUUUUUAUCCUGUGAGAAACUAGUUGACGAAAUAGAAGGUGUUCCAGGAAACAUAAUGAGGUGCGUAUAAUAUAAAUCUUACAAAAUUUAGAUACAGGGUGAUGCAUUAGAAAACGUCUCAAAGAAAAAAAUAUGUAAUGCCUUAAUGGAAUAUAUAUAUUUUUAGAUUUCGCGAGAUUUUAAUAGCGCAAGAAUCUACUUUUGCGAAUAGCCAAUUUCUAUUACAUAAUUUGGUAUGUUGAAUGUUCUAUAUUAUGACCGUUAUGACAUUAAUUACGUGCCUACAAUUUACGGAACCAUUCCCUUUCCUGAUAUGAAGUUGUUUUGUAAGUUUUACGAUCUAAGGAUAAUUCUAACAAAAGUUAUUAUUUUUUUCUGAGUAUACGGAUUCCAUAGACAUUUUUAGGGGUGGCUUGGAGCGAUAGCUAAUAUCUUGACCUCUAAGAGAUAUGGUACCUAAAUAUUUGGAACGCAGGCUAAUAGUUAAAUAUGAAAACUUAGUAAGUAUCAUAACGAUGCAGCAAAAAUGAGUUUCUGAAGAUUGCGCAAUGUUAGCGCAAGAAACUUUUGUUAAAGAACAGAAGUGUAAAAAAUUGGUCAAUUUAAGCGGACACACAAUAACUAUUAUUCCCAAAUUUUACGACAAUUAUUGCUGGUGACAGAAUUGAUAAAAAUUUCGCGAGAACAUAUUGCGAAUGGCGACAUUGGCAAAUUAAGACAUUUCGCGAAAAGCACGACAAUAUGCGAAAUCGUGAAAUUUAAUUCUUGCGAAAAUAUAUUCCAUAAGGUAAGUGGAUUGUUUUAAACGAUUGUACUCGCAUGUAAUUAUGGACAGUUUAUGUUUUAAGAAAGUAUUUAGAAAUACAUUCUUUUUAGUAAAAAAAAGAGCUUUGAAAUCUUCCUUAAGUAGGAUUUAGACUUUCUUUUUUACCUUCUAUUUAGCUUUCGUACACACAAGGACUGUAAUAAAAACACCAUUAUCAUACUGUGCUUGCCCGUACCAAAUAUUACUAUUUAGGGCUAUUCUGAAAACGAAGUUAAAAAAUUAAAAGACAGUGAAUAAAAAGUAGAAACACGUAAUGACAAAAUGCGGAUUCUUGUAUAUAAAAACGACAACUAUUCCCCGGACAAGUUGGAAAUAUCAUCACUUGAUGCUCCUACGGUUAAGAUAUUCGUACCAGUUAAAGAUAUACCCCAUCUACAUAAAACAAAGAAUAUUAAAGUUGUGACACAUGGUUAUACAGAUAUUUUGACAUUUAUCGAAGAUAUUCAAAAUGUUGAGGAAUUAAGUGCUUUAGUAGAAUAUAUUUCCCACGGAGGCGAUCACAGAACGACUUGUACGCGAGCGGAAUGGUACAAGUUAUGUCUGGAAUAUCUUUUUCCGUAUUUUUCUUUAAAUGAUGAAAACAUUAGAGAAUCUAUACAAUUUCCACCGUACAAAAAGGGAAACAAGAUAUCUGAAUUGGCUUACCUACUUAAAAACGCUUUAAUGGUAACAAAGAAUGUUGGCGUCAUUACAAGCUAUAAUACUGAAGAACAUUUAACUUUUUUGAAAUAUCCCAGUAAAAACAAUCUUGUAAACUAUCAAAAAAGGAUACUAAUAAUUUUUCCCAACCCCAUAGGGUAUUUUAACAUCAGAUAUACAUAAUUCACCAACUUAUAUGACUUGGAAGACGAAAUUAAAGCCGGUGAAAAUGAUAUCAAAUCAUUGCUUGCCCUCAACAAAAGUUUUGUAGAGAAUCAUGAUACGGUGUUCCUUAACAUUAUUGCAGCACCAAACCUGGACCAUUGCCAAAAAUCAUUAAUUUGCGAAGAAUGUAAUAUCCUAUGCAAAAAUGACUUACACGGUGUCAACAACUUACAAGAUUGGUUAACCAAUCUUUUUGAAACACAUUGUCAUGACAUCGGGAAUAAAGAGGAAAACAAUUCAACUUUCAUGAAGAUAUUGAGCAAUAUAUUUGGUUUUCUUGCAACAAGAAAGACGAUUAGAAGCCCUGUUCCUGCAAUAGAUGCUCAACCAGCUGAACAGAUUCAAUCAUUGAUGCUUAAUACUAAACAGCUGAAGAUAUUAUAUAGCGACGAAAAGAAGAAAAUCAUAAUUGGUAAUUUUGGAUCUGGAAAAUCUUUAUUAGUAAUUUAUCAGAUUAAAGAUCUUAUUGAGUUUGCUGAAAAAGAAACUGUAGUAUAUUACAUUUGCUGGAACGCUAGUAACAUGCUCGUAAACGAUGUUAGAAAGUUUGUUCACAAUAUUCCAAGGAAUCAUUUGGUAAAGGUUCACAUUUUCAGCAUUGAUGAUAUGUGCGAGCAUUUAAAUGUUGAAAGUGUACCUUCGUUAUCACAUCUUAUUGUGGAGUUAUUAUAAAAGUAUCCAGAAACAAUACUUCAUCUACACGUUGAUGAAUUUGAUGGCGAACAGCUAAAUUUAGAAGCUGCAACAAAACUUAGAUAGAACCUGCAAAGAAAAGAGUUAGAAGACUCAUAUAUUCACUGAGUAGAAACCGAACAUACGUUUCAAAAGGAAAGAAACAGCCCCACGGCAAUUACCGAUACGAGGAAACCAGCAUGAAAAUAUUUCAGCCUGAUAAAUGCAUGAGAACAACAGAAAAUAUUUUUAAAUUAACAAAAGCUAUCGAGAAAAAAAUAUGCAAGGAAAACACCAUUAUAUACCAACCAAAAAACAACUAAAAUCUAAAUUAAAUCAAUUGACAGAGUCAAAUGGUGAUACUUCUGCAGAAGGAGUGCAACACCUUAACAACCCUAGGACAUUAACGACAAAUGUAACUGAAAAAGAAGGCACAACAACUCCACAAGAAUCAAGCUCUAUAAACACGAAUGAGCAUCCAGAACACAAGGCCUUUCCAUCGAGAAUAAAUUCCAAUAUUUCAAAGAAAUCAUUUGUAGAAAGACCACUUGAUUUUAGAACUCAUUGCAGCAAAUGCAGCUCGAGUUGUAGUACAUAAGUCCAACUGAUAGCAAUCUUAAGCAUUUAGCGCUUGAAUGCAUGACGCGACGUCAGGAUGAAUUAUUAAUUAUUGGAAUAAAGGAGUCCUUCAAAUCUAAAAAAAAAUGUUUUUUAAGAGUUAAUUUGAAGCAAUUAAGAAGCAAAUAUACGAUGGGAAAAAUACUAGAAAAAUUGAAAAAUAGUGGUUUGAUUGAAUGUAAUCAUUGAAGUGGUAUUUCUCUUGGUGAUGAAGACAAGUGCAUUGGCGAUAAAAAAUUCCAGAUUAAUGUCUCAUCUAAACAUAUAAGGAAUACCUGUCUGUUUAAAAGAAAACGAAGUUACUUUUGAAGGCUCGUCCCGUAAUAUAACAUAGAUGCAACUGCGCUUAAACAGCUUCAUAUUACAGAUCCAGUGAAGAAUUUGAAAUGUUCAUACAGGAACGAAAGUGAGUGUUUACUAGAUUGGACAGCUGAAGGUUUCACAUACAUUGUUCGUGCGACAAAGAUUGGCAACAAUAGUGGCUGCUAUGAAGUAUCAAACUGCACAAUAAAGAAUUUAAAACAAUUUUCCAGUUAUAUCUUUUCUGUUACUGCCCUCGGCAAUAUGGACAAGUCAGAUAACAAAGAAAUCCUUUAUUUUCAGUAAGAAAUUGCUUUUACAAAUUUUGACAUAUACCAAGCUAUACUAAAGUUCAAACAGUUUAACAUAUUUUAAUUAUGUGCUUUCUAAUGUUUCAUUGAAAUGACAGUUACUGCGCCUAUUUAUAGCUUAUCAUUAUUUUCCAUAAUUUUCGUUUUAUGAUUUAGUCACAAAAGGAAUAUGCUAGAUAUCUUUGCUGGUAAGUGGCUAUUAUUACUUUGUUUUCAAUAAACGUCUUGAGUGUAUUUCUAAUCUUUUAACUCUCUGUUGUUGAAAAAGCGUUCCUUAGAUUUAUUUUGUACAAGGGCAUAAAUCAACAUAUAAUUUUUUUUUUUUUGAAAUAUGUGAUGUCAGUUACAUAAUCCAACAUGCCAGUCAUUUAAACUUCCGUUCCUAUGACUUACAUCUUUUUAACAAUUUUCAA